CAUCCAUUCGCAAGGAGUCCCGGGUAUAGUAUUGUUAUAGGCUUUAUUUUUUUCUCUCGGUCUUGAACCGAAAUUGUUUCCGAUCUCCUCAGUUCCACAACCAAAUAACGAAAUGGCUGGUGGUAAGGCAGGGAAAGACAGUGGCAAAGCUAAGGCGAAAGCGGUGUCGCGCUCUCAGAGAGCUGGACUGCAGUUCCCAGUGGGUCGUAUCCACAGGCACUUGAAGACUCGUACUACCAGCCAUGGCCGUGUAGGAGCCACAGCGGCCGUGUACAGUGCUGCCAUCCUCGAAUACCUCACUGCUGAGGUGCUGGAGUUGGCGGGCAACGCUUCCAAAGAUCUGAAGGUGAAGCGCAUCACUCCUCGCCACUUGCAGCUCGCUAUCCGUGGAGACGAGGAGUUGGACUCCCUCAUCAAGGCCACCAUUGCUGGAGGAGGUGUGAUCCCUCACAUCCAUAAGUCCUUGAUCGGGAAGAAGGGCCAGCAGAAGACUGCAUAGACAGACCAUCUUGUUGACUGUGAAGGCUUGUAUUCUGACUGGACUGUGUUCGGAGACACUUGUAUUCAUACUGACUUGACUGACCAGAACUUCACAUUUGAUAUUUUAUUAAUAUUAUAGCUAACGACGUAAGUUCUUUUUUUUUCAUUAUUGUAAUAUUUCCCAUAAUGAAAGAACUCUUAAGACAAACACAUUUGUAUUAGGGCUGGGCGAUUAUGGUCUAAAAAUCUGUUAUGUUAAAAAAAAAAAAAUCAAACUUAUGGGCGGUUCCUAAAUGUAAAUUAAAAAAAGUUAAUGUACAAUUAAGUCAUACACUGCAUUUAAAAAAAAAAAAGUCGAGCAACAAUCUAAUCCAUGGCUUGUGAAAUUAUACCUAGGCUAAAUAUAAGCCUUCCACAACACUAAUUAUUUUAUCAAAGUAGUUUAACAUGCUUUUUGCCAUCACUGAUCAAGCUUUCAAGUUUAUGGAAAUUCCCUUACAAAUUUAACCAGAAGCAUAUAUUAUGUAUGCUUCUGGUUAAAUUUGUAAGGCAAUUUCCAUAAACUUGAAAGCUUGAUACAUACAUACAUUCACUAAUAAUUAACUUAUUGUCGCAGGCAUUGAAAAUUAACACCAGUUUCAAGCACAAGCCCACGUGCUAGUAGGUAGCCAGCUAAUCUUUAUAUUUCAAGUUUUGCAAACCUGGAUCUACUUGCUAGCUAACAAGGCAGAACAGUGGAGUUAUGAACACACCCUUCUGUCUAAACUGUUGAAACAGCAUGCUAUCCUGUACUUUGUUAAGAUUGAAAUUUAGUGGCCUACUUAAUCAGAACGAGACAUUGCCAAUCAUUAUUUUGUCCUUAUUGCAGAUUUAAGACUAGACCACUACUAUACGUCUUUGCUAAAAUGCUGCUUGCUGUACUUGGUAGUGCAAUGCUGCAUGUGACCAACUGAGCAUACAUUUUUGUUAGUGUCUGCUCUGUUUGCAAUUUCAGUAGUUCAGACAAAGGUUAUUGUUAACUUCUCUAAAGUGUCCGUAUAAUUUAUUUAUUUUUUUGAUGGACCAAACCUUAAUUGUAAAUAGCGACUUUUUUGUUGUCAGAUCUGUCCAAAAUGAGCCCAAUGGUUUGAGUUUAGCUUGGAUUUAAGCUUGUCACCUGCCUUCCUGCCUUUGGGACAUCUCCCAUUUUUAGGGUGGAGACGUUCAUCUAGUCAUUUAUAUACAGUUCUCUGGCGUUAGUCGGAAGGAGUGACUAAGUCGAGACCAAAAAGACAUAAGAACAAACAGACCAUAACACUCAUAAUGAGAAAUACAAACAUUUGAUUCUUGCGAUUUUGGAAUAUCGCUCAAAUUAAUUAGAUCGCUCAGCCCUAAUUUGUCUGCCAUUUUAGAUUGUUGGGCAGGACAGAGGAAAUGAUCAUACCUUUGUCAGAUUGUGACAGUUGAAUUUGAUUUGGCAGGGCUUCAUAAGUGUUUUAUACUGAAAUGGAAUUAAAACUCAUUUUUAUAAAAACGAA